ACCAGAGGCUGCGGACAUAGUACAGGAGAUGACCAGAGACUGCAGACACAGUACAGGGGAUGACCAGAGACUGCAGACAUAGUACAGGGGAUGACCAGAGACUGCCGACACAGUACAGAUGACCACCAGAGACUGCAGACAUAGUACAAGAGAUGACCAGAGACUGCAGACACAGUACAGGAGAUGACCAGAGACUGCAGACAUAGUACAGGAGAUGACCAGAGACUGCGGACACAGUACAGGAGAUGACCAGAGACUGCGGACACAGUACAGGAGAUGACCAGACACUGCGGACAGUACAGGAGAUGACCAGAGACUGCGGACACAGUACAGGAGAUGACCAGAGACUGCAGACAUAGUACAGGAGAUGACCAGAGACUGCGGACAGUACAGGGGAUGACCAGAGACUGCGGACACAGUACAGGGGAUGACCAGAGACUGCGGACAACAGUACAGGGGAUGACCAGAGACUGCAGACACAGUACAGGGGAUGACCAAGAGACUGCAGAAAGUACAGGGGAUGACCAAGAGACUGCAGACAGUACAGGAGAUGACCAGAGACUGCAGACAGUACAGGGGAUGACCAGAGACUGCAGACAGUACAGG